UUGUUAAUGACGAUCUUGUCUUUUCUGGGUUGUUGGAAUAGAUAGGCUUGUUUGGUUUAUAUAUAGAAAGAUAUGAAUGCCAAUCAUGAAUGGAAUGUCUUCAUCACCAUCUAUAGCUUAUUUGUCAUACCUUGUAAAUUGGUUCAGGGGAUUUUCAUCUGUGGUCAUAGCCUUCCUUAUCAACCAUUUACAUAGAUGACUUCUGAGGAGGUUGAUGAAAUACCACGUAAACCAACUCCCAAGUUAAAUGAGAGGAUUCUUUCAUCUUUGUCAAGGAGAUCGGUUGCUGCACAUCCUUGGCACGACCUUGAAAUCGGUCCUACAGCUCCACAUAUUUUCAAUGUGGUUGUUGAGAUUACAAAGGGAAGCAAAGUCAAAUAUGAACUUGACAAGAAGACGGGAUUAAUUAAGGUUGAUCGAAUUUUGUACUCGUCUGUGGUCUAUCCUCAUAACUAUGGCUUCAUUCCUCGCACCUUGUGUGAAGACAAUGAUCCACUUGAUGUUCUAGUCCUCAUGCAGGAACCUGUCCUUCCUGGUUGCUUUCUACGAGCAAGAGCCAUUGGAGUGAUGCCUAUGAUUGACCAGGGGGAGAAGGAUGAUAAGAUCAUUGCAGUCUGUGCUGAUGAUCCAGAGUAUACGCAUUUUACUGAACUCAAUGACCUACCCCCUCACCGCCUUUCUGAAAUCCGUAGAUUCUUUGAAGACUAUAAGAAAAAUGAGAACAAAGAGGUUGCAGUUAACGCUUUUUUGCCUGCCACAGCUGCUCUUGAAGCUAUCCAGUACUCCAUGGAUCUUUAUGCCGAGUACAUACUGCACACCUUAAGGCGGUAAACUUUCCUAUACAGACUAUACUCCACCACUUACAAUAAGCCAUUUUGUCGAUGGCAGAGGAAGAUCUCAAGCAGCAUUCCCUAAUUUUAAAUUUUGUACUUUGGAUUAUGAUUGGUUCUGGUUUUGGUUGAUCUUAAGCGAAAGGAAAUUAAUAGAAACUGUUGGUUCACUUCAAUUUUUUUUUCAUUCA